AUGAACGGGCGAUCAUCUCGGGGCAAGUGAUUGGAGUGAUCGGAGUAAAGAGAAAUUCGGUACUCGGCGUGAAUCGGUAGUAAGUGCGAGCCCGAGUGAAAAGAGCGAGAAGAGUUCUCGGCGCGGAAAAGGGACAUCGAGAACUGGCCGGGACUCGGGACACGGUAGCUAGCUGGUGGCUCGGUAGGUCCGUAGCUCGCGAGUAUAUUGCCUAUCCUAUUGGAGGGCCGAGGGGAGCGGAAUAGUGAGUGGAGUGCAAUACAGUGAAAUAUCAAAGAUCGAGAGAGUAACAUUGGUUAAAGAGCUGACGCGAUUCUAACACAUCGAAGCAUCGAAUAUACCUUGCCUACGAAUGCAGUUUCAAGACGGAGUCGCGUAUUAAGAUGUGCGAAGAGGCUACAGAAGUGGAGACGCAUCAUCAGCAAACGGCAGCAACAACGAUGGGCGUCGCCGAGGAUGAGACGCCGUCCUCUUUGACUUCGCAUCCGAACCCUAACGUUAACAACCCCAAUCAAGAAGGGGUGUUGGAGAUGGCGGCCACAGAGAGCACGAUCCGUUUCAGCGGCCAUACAUUGGACAAGGCUACAAAGGCCAAGGUAACGUUGGAGAAUUACUACAGUAAUCUAAUAGCCCAGCAUAUCGAGCGGAAGCAGAGGCUCGCGAAAUUGGAGGAAUCGUUGAAAGACGAAGGGCUGUCGGAGCAACAGAAGCAGGAGAAACGGUUGCAGCAUGCCCAGAAAGAAACCGAGUUUCUUCGCUUGAAGCGAUCCCGACUCGGUGUCGAAGACUUCGAGCCUCUGAAAGUAAUCGGCAGAGGAGCCUUCGGUGAGGUAAGACUCGUGCAGAAGAAAGACACCGGUCACGUGUACGCGAUGAAGAUUCUUAGAAAAGCCGACAUGCUGGAAAAGGAACAAGUGGCGCACGUCAGGGCCGAAAGAGACGUGUUGGUAGAAGCGGAUCAUCAAUGGGUCGUAAAAAUGUACUAUAGCUUUCAAGAUCCUAUAAAUCUAUAUUUAAUAAUGGAGUUUCUUCCAGGCGGUGACAUGAUGACAUUGUUGAUGAAGAAAGACACGCUUUCCGAGGAGUGCACGCAAUUUUAUAUUUCCGAGACAGCGUUAGCAAUCGACUCCAUUCAUAAGCUAGGAUUUAUUCAUAGAGAUAUCAAACCGGACAACCUGUUACUGGAUGCACGAGGUCACAUAAAGCUCUCCGACUUUGGGCUGUGUACAGGUUUGAAGAAAUCUCAUAGAACCGAUUUCUACAGAGAUCUCAGUCAAGCGAAGCCUUCAGAUUUCAUGACGUCCUGUGGAAGCGGAAGUGGCGGAGCGAUGGAUAGUAAAAGGAGAGCCGAGAGCUGGAAAAGAAACAGGAGAGCGUUAGCUUACAGCACAGUAGGAACACCUGAUUAUAUAGCUCCGGAAGUAUUUUUACAAACUGGUUACGGGCCCGCUUGCGAUUGCUGGUCUUUGGGUGUCAUCAUGUACGAAAUGCUUAUAGGCUAUCCUCCAUUCUGUAGCGAGAAUCCCCAAGAAACUUACAGGAAAGUGAUGAAUUGGAGGGAGACCUUGGUUUUUCCACCGGAAGUUCCCAUUAGCGAAGAAGCUAAAGACACCAUCAUCAGAUUUUGUUGCGAAGCUGAUAGAAGAUUAGGUGCGCAAAGAGGUAUCGAAGAGCUGAAGCUAGCUCCGUUUUUCCGCGGCGUCGACUGGGAGCACAUCAGAGAGAGGCCGGCCGCGAUUCCAGUCGAGGUGCGUUCCAUCGACGAUACUUCCAAUUUCGACGAAUUCCCAGACGUGAAAUUAGAAAUACCAUCUGCGCCGAUGCCUCAAGACGGAGAGGUAAUAUACAAGGACUGGGUGUUCAUUAAUUACACGUUCAAACGAUUCGAAGGUUUGACGCAGCGAGGCACGCCGACCAAGAAAUAGCAACACUCUAUUUCUUGCUCGGUCUCGACCAGUCAGCAGUCUGACGCAACUGGAAUUCCGGCCUUGGUACAUCACCCGUACCCUCCGUUGUCAUCCACGGCAUCGCGGAUAGAUGGCUGAUUCGUUUCAUCCUCUGAACACGGUCCAGUCAAUCAUCGGCAGCAAGUCGUUUUUACAAUGUAUAUACGUGACGGGAUGAGCAC